AGAAACCAUGGAGGAAAUAGUGGGGCUUCGAGAGGGCUCCCCCAGGAAGCCAGUGCCUCUGCAAGAACUCUGGAGGCCGUGCCCACGCAUCCGCAGAAACAUCCAGGGGGGCCUAGAGUGGCUGAAAGAGCGGCUGUUCCGUGUGGGUGAGGACUGGUACUUCCUGGUAGCUCUCGGGGUGCUCAUGGCUCUGAUCAGCUAUGCCAUGAACUUUGCUAUUGGACGUGUGGUCAGAGCGCAUAAGUGGCUGUACAGGGAGAUUGGGGACGGCCACCUGCUCCGGUACCUCUCUUGGACCGUGUACCCCGUGGCUCUUCUGUCCUUCUCCUCCGGCUUCUCACAGAGCAUCACACCAUCCUCUGGAGGGUCUGGAAUCCCCGAGGUGAAAACCAUCUUGACGGGUGUGAUCCUGGAGGACUACCUAGACAUUAAGAACUUCGGGGCCAAGGUGGUGGGCCUCUCCUGCACCCUGGCAACAGGCAGUACCAUCUUCCUGGGAAAACUGGGCCCCUUUGUGCACCUGAGCGUGAUGAUCGCUGCUUACCUGGGCCGCGUGCGCACCAAGACGGUCGGGGAACUUGAGAACAAGACCAAAGAAAUGGAACUGUUGGCGGCAGGAGCAGCCGUGGGUGUGGCCACGGUCUUCGCCGCCCCAAUCAGUGGUGUUCUGUUCAGCAUCGAGGUCAUGUCCUCUCACUUCUCCGUCUGGGAUUACUGGAGGGGCUUCUUCGCUGCCACCUGCGGGGCCUUCAUGUUUCACCUCCUGGCGAUCUUCAACAGUGAACAGGAGACCAUCACCUCCAUUUACAAGACCAGCUUCCCAGUGGACAUACCCUUUGACUUACCAGAGGUCUUCUUUUUUGUGGCCUUGGGGGCCAUCUGUGGCAUCCUGAGUUGCGGGUACAACUACUGCCAGCGGACUUUCUUAUUUUUCCUCAAGGCCAAUGGGUUCACCUCCAAACUGCUGGCUACCAGCAAGCCCUUGUACUCAGCUCUGGCUGCUGUGGUCCUGGCCUCCAUCACCUACCCGCCUGGUGUGGGUCGCUUCAUGGCUUCCCGGCUGUCUAUGUCAGAGUACUUGGAGACACUGUUUGACAACAACUCUUGGGCACUGAUGACCAAGAACUCGUCCCCACCCUGGUCAGCAGAGCCUGAUCCCCAGAACCUGUGGUUGGAAUGGUGUCAUCCACAGAUGACUGUCUUUGGGACACUAGCCUUCUUCCUGGUCAUGAAGUUCUGGAUGCUAAUUUUGGCCACCACCAUCCCCAUCCCCGCAGGAUACUUUUUGCCCAUCUUUAUCUAUGGAGCUGCCAUCGGGCGCCUCUUUGGGGAGGUUCUAUCUUUCGCCUUCCCAGAGGGCAUUGUGGCUGGAGGCAAGUUCAAUCCCAUCAUGCCCGGGGCCUAUGCUCUGGCAGGUGCUGCUGCCUUCUCGGGGGCGGUGACCCACACCCUCUCCACGGCGCUGCUGGCCUUUGAGGUAUCCGGCCAGAUCGUUCAUGCACUGCCUGUGCUGAUGGCCGUGCUGGCGGCCAAUGCCAUCUGUCAGAGCUACCAGCCCUCUUUCUACGACGGCACCAUCAUUGUCAAGAAACUGCCGUACCUGCCGUGGAUCCGUGGUCGUAAGAUUGGUUCCCACCUUGUGACUGUGGGUCACUUCAUGAACUGUACCCUCACCACACUGGCCAAGGACAUGCCCCUGGAGGAAGUGAUCAAAGUUGUGAUCUCCACAGAUGUGACUCAGUACCCGCUGGUGGAGACGACAGAGUCUCAGAUCCUGGUGGGCAUUGUAAAAAGGACCCACUUGGUUCAGUUCCUCCAUACCGAUCCAGCUUCCUGGGCUCCAGGCCAGCAGCCCUGUCUCCAGGAUAUCUUGGCUAACGGCUGCCCCACCCAGCCAGUGACACUUCAGCUGUCCACGGAGACCUCCCUGCAUGAGACACACAACCUCUUUGAGCUGCUGAACCUUCAGUUGCUGUUCGUGACGUCACGAGGCAGAGCUGUGGGCUCUGUGUCCUGGGUGGAGCUGAAGAAAGCAAUUUCAACCCUGACCAAUCCGCCCGCUCCCAAGUGAGUCAGCCUGGGAGUCGGCAGCCUGGCGCCCAGUCGCUCAGCUGCUGCGCGCGGAUCUCGGCACAGCAGGGCAUCUCCACUUUGCGGAGGAGAGGACUCCACAUUCACCUCUCCCCACCCUGAAGGAGCUGGUUGUAAAUGAAGACACCAAUGCGUUCUGUCACAUCGGGACCCUUGUGCCUUCUAGGGUUGUCUGCUGCUAACCAAGAGCUUCUGAGAAAAAUAAAACUGAUUUCUGGAGCCACUG